AUGGGAGGAGAUCCCCCACCUAUUUGUGCCCCUACAAGUGUGUUAAAACUAUCCUCAUCACAAAUGGAAAUUGAAAGUGCAUUAAUAACUGGUGGUAAUCGAGGCAUUGGAUUGGAAAUUGUGAGACAAUUGGUGAAUGUGGAAAAACCUCCUCAAAUCAUCUUUGCCACUUACAGAGAUAAAGCCAAAAUCCAGGAUCUGGAGAAAAUCAAGAAAGAAACUACGAAAACUGAAAUUGUUUUGAUUAAAGCUGAUGUCAAUAAUCCUAAGGAUAUUACAGCCGCUCGUAAAGUCGUGGAAGAUAAGGUGAAAGAUAAAGGACUGACCCUUCUAAUCAACAAUGCUGGAGUGCUCCAAGAGUUAGAAUUCGAGGAUAUAACAGAGGAACACUUGCUCUUCCACCUUAAAACCAAUACCAUAGCACCCAUAUUGUUUUUUAAGGAAAUGCUUCCACUUCUAGAAAAAGCAGCAGCUCGUAAGACGCAUGCUGGUAUGAGCGUGUCCAGAGCAGCAGUCAUCAGCAUAACUUCGAAAUAUGCAUCUGUCGGCGCACAGGUAGAUGACCCGGAUUGGUUGCGAUCUAUAGGAUACAGGAUCAGCAAGACGGCCUUGAACAUGGCCAUGCGAAUCAUUUCCCUUAAAGUGAAGGACAAGGGCAUCUUGGUCGUCUGCAUCCACCCGGGAUGGCUGAAGACGGACAUGGGAAAGAAAGAGGCCCCUUUAGAAGUCUCAGAGGGAGUGCGAGAAGUGUUUGAUAUGAUGGGCAAACUCAAUGAAUCGCACAACGGGGCCCUCAUCGAAAAGGACGGAACACCGAUUCCCUUUUAA